AUGGCAAACUCCGGCAUGUCAAACUCUGGACCAAGCUUGGCAACAGCAUUGGAGGCAACCGUGAACUUUUUGGACCCGCUGCCGGAAGAGAGGCAAGUACAUGCAAAAUGCAUACAGCAGCUCGAGACAAUCGUGAAGCAAGUCGGCAUUGAGUGGGAGAUCCAGGCCUUUGGGAGCGCGAUGAACGGCUUCCUGUCUCGUGGCGCCGAUCUGGACGUCAGCUGCUUCAAGAAAAACAACCCGGACCAGGACAGCCAGCUUUCCGUACAAGAGCUCAAGUACCGGAUCCUACCACUGCUGCGGACGCAGCCGUCAUUCAAGGUCACCCAGGAAAUCUGGUCUGCGCGAGUGCCGAUAAUUCGUCUGCGAUUUCUGAACAUCAUCGACGUCGACUUGUCCUGUCACAACCCACAAGCGCUGCAGAACACGCACCUGCUGCGGGCCUACGCGGAGCUUAGUCCGCUUGUCCGACAGCUGGUGCUCUGCGUGAAGUUCUGGGCGAAGGGUCAAGGAGUCUGUGGUGCUCCGAAGGGAUACCUCUCGUCCUACAGUUUUUCAUUGAUGGUCAUCUAUUUCCUGCAAGUGGAUCAGCAACUGCCCUGCCUGCCGGUGGAGGAUUUCGGACCAUGGGGCCCGGUGCGACCUCUCCACUAUGAAUGGAUCUGCCGCACUUCUCUCUCGGAGUUGCUAUUCCGCUUCUUCUCCUUCUACGCGCAAGCCUUCUCAUGGGGCGCUGAGGUGGUAUCGAUUCGAGUCGGCCGUCGGAAGCUGGGUUCGGACCCCGAUUUUCUGAAUCUCCCUGGCCGGCAAGCGCAGCGGCUGCACGUGGAAGACCCCUUCCUGCCUCGGAAUCUGAAUUGUGUCCUCUCCACCGACAAGGAGGAGCAUUUGAGAACCUGCAUGCAGCAGGCGUUCCUCACCAUCAACUCCAAUGCUGUGCCGCAGGUAUUCUUGGAGGCAGAUCCACAGAAGUGGCUGCGGCAGCCGGACACCAAGAGGGCCAUCGGGCUGUGGCGGAACCCCAUUCAGCAGCAAAUGCUUCCAACGCCCGACUACGAGACGCAGGAGAUGGCUCAGAUGUUGCCGUACCCGGCCGUGCGGCCCCAGGUGAGUCGGCUCAACGCACGCAGCAAACCAUUCCAAGCCCCUGCAGAGCCCACGAGUCGGACAAUUGAAAUGCGCUUUGAGGAGUCCAGAGCCAAUGCGAUCGAGGAUUCCAAGAUCAGAGCUGUGACGGAGCCCAGGAUCACUGUCACCGACGAUUCUGCAAGCAAAACUGCAACGCCCGGAAUCAAAGCCAUUGAGGAGGCAAAGGUGCUGCCGACCAAUGGCAACAAUAUCAGAGCAUUUCAGGACCAGAAGACCGAGCAAGAGCAAUCCGCCAAGGAGCCGGCCGCAGGAGCGGUUCGCUAUCACUUGCACGUGGGCUUGCAAGGGUUUACAUAG